GGUAAAUUGGUGAUUAUGAUCUAAUCUUUGGGCACAGUAGAAAAACUCGAAAAUCCAUUCUUUCUUCUCCUUUUUUCUUGACUUCGUCCCAACUACACGCAGUCUCCCAGAAUUUCAAAAACACACGAUUUGAGGCUGUGAUCCUGUAAAUAUGGAGUAGGGUUUUCGAAUUGAAGCAAAACGGAAAAAGAUUCUGUAAGAAUCCUGAUUGCAUAAUUUUCAUGAACUGGUUGCCUUCAUGGGGGAAAUCCCGAUCAUCUCAUCCCGCCAUUGCUGAAACCUCCACUCUGUUUGGCUCCCUUUUGGAUUCCAUUGAAGCCUAUACAGUGGGUUUUCCCGACAAGCUUCGUCUUUGGCUCAUGAGUCUUUUUAGGGGAUUUAUCGAAAGCUUAAACUCAGUAUUCAACUCCGAUCAUCCACAAUCAUCGUCAUCAACUACUGCAGAAUAUUCAUCAAGCCAGCGGACAGUGUCGAAGAUGGACAGUGUUGCCACGGGGAAUGAGCGGACAGCCUACAAGCUCAAAGGAUUCUUUGACACAGCCAUGGAGGUUGUUGACAAGGCUGUGAAUGCAGAAGAGUGGGGGUUGCCUGAAGAUGCAAUAUCCCAUUAUAAGCAAGCACAGAGAAUUCUCGCUGAAGGGAUUUCUAUUCCAGUUCCUUCUUAUGUCACUUCUAGUGAAUUAGAGAAGGUGAGAGCUUAUCGUCGGAAAAUGUCACACUGGCAAGGGAACAUAUCCGAGCGAAUAAAAGCUUUAGGUAGACGAACAGGUGCAAUCUCCACCACAAAGAGUACUGCACCUCGCUUGCAGAGUAACGCUGAUGCACCUACAACUUCAUAUGGUAGAAAUGCUACAUCACAGAGGCCUUCAAAUAAGACCAGCAGUGGUCCUGUGCCAAUUAACAGUUAUAAUAAUGCCGUGAGCCCAAAAACCUCAAAACAUGGUAGCGGUUAUGACUCCCAAUUGGUUGAAAUGAUAAAUUCUGUUAUUUUGGAUAGGAGCCUUUCUGUGAAAUGGGAAGACAUUGCGGGCCUGGAAAAGGCAAAACAAGCAUUGACAGAAAUGGUAAUUCUUCCGACUCGAAGGAAGGACCUUUUUACUGGUUUACGAAAACCACCCAAAGGUCUGCUUCUCUUUGGUCCACCUGGUACUGGAAAAACCAUGCUUGCUAAAGCAGUUGCUUCUGAGUCGCAAGCAACCUUUUUUAACAUUUCCGCAUCUUCACUGACAUCUAAAUGGGUUGGAGAGGGUGAAAAACUUGUCCGAACUCUUUUUUCUGUUGCCAUUUCUCGGCAGCCGUCCGUUAUUUUUAUGGAUGAGAUUGAUAGCAUCAUGUCAACAAGAACAUCUAGCGAAAAUGAAGCCAGCAGAAGGCUGAAGUCUGAAUUUCUGGUUCAGUUUGAUGGAGUAGCAUCAAAUUCGGAUGAUCUUGUCAUUGUCAUUGGAGCUACCAACAAACCACAAGAGCUGGAUGAUGCAGUUCUUAGGAGGCUGGUGAAGAGAAUAUAUAUCCCUUUGCCCGAUGCAAAUGUCAGACGGCAGCUUCUGAAGCACAAACUCAAACAUGAACCACAUUCCUUGCGUGAUAGCGAGCUGGAGAAACUCGUGAAUGAGACAGACGGUUACUCUGGAAGUGAUCUUCAAGCAUUGUGCUCGGAAGCUGCAUUGAUGCCGAUGAGGGAGCUUGGUGCAGAUAAGGUCCUUAAAAUGAGAAAAGAUCAGGUACAAGAUUUCUUGCAGUUAUGACUCAAAUAUUAGUGCCAAUCACUGAGUUGCUGUUGGCUUCAUUAUCUGCCUUAGCAUCUACCAAAUUGUUAAGUGUCUUUUGCUGUCAGUUAACGGUUGACAUUCACUUCAUGCUAUCAUCCGACCUUCAUUCUCCUCCACCCCCUACUUUAUUUGUUUGGAGAACUUAGUCAUGUGUGUAUUCCAUUUGGUGAGAAAUUCAAGCAAAGCAACAUUUAGCGUAUGUUUUUAUAUGCAGGUAAGGCCACUAAGCUAUAAGGAUUUUCAGAAGGCAUUGACAAUAAUCAGACCUAGCCUUCAAAAGAGUAGGUGGAGAGAGCUUGAACAGUGGAACGCGGAGUUUGGCGCUAAUUGAUGAUGGCUUCAAAAUGUACGGAGAUGUUUUCAGACAAGCUUAUUGAAUUAUUCUGGUUGAGGAAGUGACAAAAUGUUGCGGAUUAGAGCGUCGUGUUGCGCGGCAUUCAAAAUGACGACAAAUUUGUGCAUAGUAGCUCUUUUCGGGACCAAAUUUCUGUUGUAAAUUUAUAGGCGCAACUGUAAGUGUAUUUACUAAAUGAAUGCUAGAUUCUGGUCUCUUCUUAUUGUAAUGCCUUGUGCUGAUCUCAAUCCUUACAAGGAUUUGUAACAUUUUAGACCUUGGAAUGAAUGAAUAUUCAAAAGCUGAAUAUUUU